GGAGGGUGGGGCGGGGGCAAGUGUCAGUCUGGCCGGGAGCGCGGCGGGGGACGCGGAGACCCGGCGGCUGACUCGCUCCGGCCCCUGCCGAGCCGUCCGCCCAAGAUGGAGUUCCUCCUGGGGAACCCGUUCAGCACCCCGGUGGGGCAGUGCCUCGAAAAGGCGACAGACGGCUCCCUGCAGAGCGAGGACUGGACCUUGAACAUGGAGAUCUGCGACAUCAUCAACGAGACGGAGGAGGGGCCCAAGGAUGCCAUCCGAGCACUAAAGAAGCGGCUCAACGGGAACCGGAACUACCGGGAGGUGAUGCUGGCGCUGACCGUGCUGGAGACGUGCGUGAAGAACUGCGGCCACCGCUUCCACGUGCUGGUGGCCAACCGGGACUUCGUCGACAGCGUCCUGGUCAAGGUCAUCUCCCCCAAGAACAGCCCCCCCGCCAUCGUGCAGGACAAGGUGCUGGCUCUCAUCCAGGCCUGGGCAGAUGCCUUUCGGAGCAGCCCCGACCUCACGGGCGUGGUGCACACCUACGAGGAGCUGAAGCGGAAGGGGGUGGAGUUCCCCACGGCCGACCUGGACGCCCUGUCCCCCAUCCACACGCCGCAGCGGAGCGUCCCGGAGGUGGACCCAGCCGCCACCAUGCCGAGGCCCCAGGCACAGCCGAAGACGAGCAGCAGCCCCUACUCCGCGCCUCCUGCCUCCUACUCCGCGCCGCAGGCCCCGGCUCUGAGCGCCACGGGCCCCAUCACGGCCAAUUCAGAGCAGAUCGCCAGGCUGCGCAGCGAGCUGGCCGUCGUUCGAGGGAACUCAAAGGUCUUGUCCGAGAUGCUGACGGAGAUGGUCCCCGGGCAGGAGGCCCCGUCCGACCUGGAGCUGCUGCAGGAGCUGCACAGGACCUGCCGCGCCAUGCAGCAGCGCGUCGUGGAGCUCAUUUCCCGCGUGUCCAACGAGGAGGUCACGGAGGAGCUGCUGCGCGUCAACGACGACCUCAACAACGUCUUCCUCCGAUACGAGAGGUUCGAACGAUACAGGUCGGGCCGCUCCGUUCAAAACGCCAGUAACGGGGUGCUGAGCGACGUGACGGAAGACAACCUCAUAGACCUGGGGCCCGGCUCGCCCGCCGUGGUGAGCCCGACCGUGGGCGGAGUGGCGCCCCCCUCCUCCCUCUCCUCCCAGCUGGCCGGCUUGGACCUGGGGACAGAGAGCGUCAGUGGAGCCCUGAGUUCCCUCCAGCAGUGCGACCCCCGGGACAGCUUCGACAUGUUUGCCCAGACCAGGGGGAGCAACUCCGAGCCACGCAAGACGGCCACCUUGGAGGACCCCCCGGCCACGGGAGUGCUUUCUUCUGCCCUGGACGGUCAGAAGCCCGGCUCCGAAGUGAGAGGUAAAGCUGGGCCCUCUGACCUGGAGCCCAUAGACAGCUGGCUCAUAGCCCAAGGAAUGAUCCCGGUGGCGCAGCCCUCUGUCAUGGACGACAUUGAGGUGUGGCUCAGGACCGAUCUGAAGGGUGAUGACCUGGACGAGGGCGUCACCAGCGAAGAGUUCGACAAAUUCCUGGAAGAAAGGGCCAAAGCCGCCGAAAUGGUUCCCAGCCUCCCCUCUCCCCCAGCGGAGGCCCCGGCCUCCAACCCCUCGGGCCGGAAGAAGCCAGAGCGGUCAGAGGAUGCGCUCUUCGCCCUGUGAGCUGCCCUGUGGUUGGGCUGCCAGGUGGCAGGUCACUGCUCGCUCCCCGUCCACACCAGGCACUGGCCACUCCUGCCAUCCCCAGCCCCUGCUUGGUCCUGUGCUGCUCUGUCUCCAUGGAAACACCACUGCAUUUGCUCCCAGGCCUCCCACUAGUCCCGACCAGCUGCAGCCACCUCCUCCGUGGGCGGUGGGACAGCCCCGCACCCCCUGCCCUAGAAGAGCCUCCCUGGGGCUGAUCCUGAGCCGUUCCUCUGGUCACCUGCCCACACAGACGGCCCCUCUCCCGCACGCCCGUCCCGAGCUCGGCCCGUGCCCAGCCCGUCUUCUACCCUCGGUGCCCCCGUCCCACCGCAUUCCCCCCCCCCCUCCCCCCGCCGAAGAGCAGGCUCACACCCUCGAGCCCCACCCCUCCCUGGACCGCUGCUCCCUGACGCGUCGGCACUUUAGAAGGCUCUGUGGUGCCCUGGGUGGGUGUCUCGUGCUGGACCCCUCUCUUCAUACUCAGCUGCAAGCCCAGGCCCAUGGCCAGGCCUGCCUGCUCUUGGUGUGGGGGGCGCCACACGGCCCUGCUGGUGGCCCCUGGCUGGCGGGCUCCUGCAGGGAUAACACUCCUGGAACCAGGCCACCCCGCGCACACACAGGCCAAGCACAGGGAGGGCUGGCUCUGGCCGCCGGGGAGAGCUCUGUGCAGUCCCGAACGUGCUUCGGCCUGGCCCAGGGCAGCCUCCGCGCUUCCACAUCCAGGGCCCGGCCACAGGCGGUUUGGCACCUCGGCCGAGAUCGCAGUGACUAAGCAGUUAGCGUGGAGCAGAGGCCCCCGCGGGCUCCUGGGCCUGGGCCUCGGCCUCAGCCUCAGCCUCAGCCUCCCCCCACAGACUGUCCUGACAGCCCGACCUCCUCCCAGCCCCACACCCUCCAAGCCAACCUAGGAGGGGCUAGUGGCACCUGCUCUCCCCCUGGGUCCUCACUGGGGUCCCCGGCCUGGGCAGGGCACUUGCAGCUCGCUCAAGCCCAGUUCAGCCCGCUCCACCUGGUCCUGUGGCCCCAGAAGAGCAGAAACGCUGCAGCUGCUCCACAGCAGCCUGAGAGCAUCGCGCCAACCAUGCUGCCCAGGCCUAGGGGUAAAGCUUGGCCGGGCCACCUCGUGUUCCUCAGGCGGUCGGCCCUUCCCGCCUGGCAGCCCGUGCAGGGAGCAGAGGCUGGGCCUGACUCCAGCUCCGGGGCAAGCAUCCAGGAUGGGGCCGGGGGGCUGUGUGGGCGCCAGAAGGUUGUGCAGAAACACUGCCCACCCCAGGACCGGCAUGCAGCCUGGCCCCUCCCGGUUCCUUGGAGGGCGCCCAGCAUGCCCUGCGCGGAGCUCAGCCAGCCCGCCUCCAGUCCUGCCCCCUCCCACCCCACCCUUGGGCAGCAGCGCCUCCCUCCUCAGCGUUUCCAGGCCCGGGGCCCCAAGGACAGCUUGUUUGAUGCUGAGGUGUCUAAAGUCAGCUGACUUGACGUGGGCUGCAGAGAUGGGGCUAGGGCGCCGGCGACCCCUGCCCGCAUCCGGAAUCCCCAGCCCUCCGAUGCAGUCUGGGGGGGCGGUGGUGGCUGAGGACACCCACCUUGCCAGCCCACGGGCAGGCAGCUGGGCCUCGGGGUCAGUCCUGAGAGAGCUGCAGCGCCACAGCAGCCAGGCCCAGAGUCCACUGAGGGAGGAGCCGGCCUCCCUCCCUGCAAAGGGCAAGACCCCACGGCCGGAGGGGCCGGGGGAGAGCAUCUCCCUGGGGAGGCCCCAGCAGAGCCGCCCCCCAGCGCCAGCUGGUCAGCCAGACCCGGCUUGGAGAGGCCUGGCUGCCGGGGCAGCAGGUGGUGGUGGAGCCGCUGGCCACCCGUCUGGAGCUACGGCCUGCCCUACCUGGGCCCCUCUCGCUGGCUCCCUUCCGUCUGGGCAGCAUGGCCCUCGGGCAGCCCUCCUAGCGGGGGAAGCUGGCCAGAGCCCUCUGCCCAGCCCACUGGGACCCUCCAAGCCACUAGCCUUCCACCAGUGUUAGAGAUCACAGAUACAGUAUGUACUUAAUUACACUAAAUUAUUGCUGGGAUUCCCUAUAAGCACUAAUUAUACCUGAUUAUAGGUUAAAAUAUUUAUUUUGUCAAAAUAUUUUCUUGGGGAUGUGUUUAACCUUUUCUGUGUUCUUUGUGUGCUGAGCUGUGAAAACUAACCGUAUCCUGCCUGCCUUUGGGCCAGCGGACAGCAGCAAAUGGGAGUAAGUGCCAUCUGACUCGGGCACUGGUGGGCCUUUGGCCAACCUGCCCCGGAGUGGCCGCCCAGGACCCCCAGGCACCGCGCAGGCAGACACGUGCCUGGCUUAGCUGCGCGCACAGAACAAGGGUCAGCGGCUGCAGUGGCCCGUCGCUGGCCUGGGCCAGAGGGAAAGGUGGUCGUCUUGUCUGUCCCGUCUGUCCGUCAGCCCCUGGGUGUGCGUGACUGCUGUCUGUCCUGACCUUGCCUUGGCUCACCGCCUUCACAGCACCCAGGGGCCCAGCGGGGUGGGGGUGGCGAGGGCUCAGGCCCUGGGCAGCAGUGGGUGGACUCCUGGGACAUCCCGGGGCAGAUGGCUGCUCGCGCCCACGCUCCCGCUCCUCCUAUUCCUUCCUGCUGCCACGGCUCCACUUUGCCCCCACACGCUUCUAACUCGGUCCAGGGGCCCUGGGCCAGCGAGGGAGAAGCACCCGCUGCCCGCACCAGCCUCUGCACCACGCACCCUCUGGACCCUGGGCCCCACCCUGUCCUCCCCCGGGGCAGAUCCACUUCACCCCGCGGGCUAGGUGUGUGCCCAGUGCCAGCCCUUCCUGCCCCUCGUGCCCCCGGAGCAGCUGUCAACCCCGGAGUCUCACUGCGUCACUCCAGGUGCUCCUGGAGGAAGGGGCGGAUAUUUAUCUCCUCGAGUUUGCACUUCAUGCGUGAGGGGCUCUCAGGUUUGGUGUCCGGCCAUCCCCCAGCCUGGCGUUCUGUCACUGUCGUGUGUCUCUGCCAGCAGUGGGUCUGGAGGGCGGUCAGCGGCAGCGCGUCCACCCACCCACUGGCUCCCCUUCCAGAGGUCGUCUCUCUAGUUUGGGAUCUUGCAUGUGACAUACUCCCCAAUAAACAGACAAACACUC